AUGCGUCCAUCGAUCUUUCUCUCCGCGGCAACCAUCUGCGUCUCGACUUUUGUCAGCGGCUCGGUUCAAAUCCCAGCCUCUGAAAAUCAUGCCGCGCCUAAGACGCUCGACGACAGCUCGGAUUCCUUUGAGGACUCCAGCGAGCUACAACGUCUGUCGGAAGCAGAAGACUCUCCACCCACGAUCCCGCCCUACUACGGCACUGAGAACUACACCAAGCUCACCUCAGGAAACGGCGCGAUAGAGACCAACGGAUCACUGCCAUCCCACAAGGACGACAUCUUCGACGAAAGUAGUUCGAUAAGCUCGACCAGCUCUAUCAGCUCGGCGAGCCAAGUGAACUCGACGGGAUUUUUCGACGACGCGAACAAGCAUCGGCACGAACGUAAAUACAAUCGAUGGUUCGAAGACGGCUUGACUGCGGAGGGGGCAAAGAAGAAGUAUAUAGAGCUUGGACCCAUGGUCGCUUUCACCCAUCCCAUCAAGGGUAUGGAGCUACACGCCUACCCACCGUGGCUUCAUGAGAAGUGCCAAUUUGUUGACAACGUGGAUAAGCCGGCCUGUGUUGACGAGAAGAAAAUGCUCGAGGCGUAA